UCAGUGAAGUGGGAUCUGUGUUUUCGAGUUUCGUGAUUUUGUGAAUGAAUACGUAAAAAAACAGCGAAAUGGGUACCGCAGCAGAAAGAAAAGGGACUUUCAAAGUUGAAUAUCUGCAAACAAUAGAGAAAAAGGUGCAAGCAGAUUGGGAAAAACUAAAAGUUUAUGAGGAAGAUGCACCAUUACAUCCGAAAAAGAAGCCAGAUGAAAAAUUCUUGGCUACGUUUCCAUUUCCCUAUAUGAAUGGUCGUCUGCAUUUGGGACACACAUUUUCUCUCUCAAAAUGUGAAUUUGCGGUCCGUUACAAUCGGCUUUUGGGAAAGAAAGUUCUAUUCCCUUUCGGAUUCCACUGUACAGGAAUGCCAAUCAAAGCAUGUGCUGAUAAAUUAAAAAGAGAACUAGAACUUUACGGAUAUCCUCCGAAUUUUCCAAAAGAGGAAACAUAUGUCGUGGAGGAAAAAUUGGAAGAAAUUGUUAUUAAAGACAAAAGCAAGGGAAAGAAAAGCAAGGCAGUUGCGAAAGCCGGAGGAGCAAAAUAUCAGUGGCAAAUUAUGCAAAGUCUAGGAUUGGCUGACGAGGAAAUAAAAAAAUUUGCAGAUGAAAACUACUGGCUCGAUUAUUUCCCUCCUCGAGCUAUGGAAGAUCUCAAGUCUAUUGGCGUCCACGUCGACUGGAGGAGAACUUUUAUAACAACAGACGCAAAUCCCUUUUUCGAUUCCUUCGUCCGAUGGCAAUUUCUCCAUCUGAAAGAGAGAAAUAAAAUAAAAUAUGGUAAAAGAUACUCCAUAUUUUCUCCCAAGGAUGGUCAACCUUGCAUGGAUCACGACAGGUCCAGUGGAGAAGGAGUCGGUCCUCAGGAAUACACUUUAGUCAAAAUGAAAGUCCUAAAACCGUAUCCUAAGAAGUUAGAAGUCGUUUCCAAUAAACAGAUUUAUUUGGUCGCUGCGACUCUCAGGCCAGAAACGAUGUACGGCCAAACAAAUUGCUGGGUUCAUCCCGAUAUGCGUUACGUCGCUUACGUUUUAGCCAGCGGAGACGUAUUUGUUUCAACGGAACGAGCAGCAAGGAAUAUGGCUUAUCAAGAGUUUUUCAAAGAGGAAGGAAAAAUUGAAAUCGUUGCUGAAUUAAUUGGUCAAGAUAUAAUGGGAAUACCACUUGAAGCUCCACUCACUUCUCACAAAACUAUUUACACACUGCCAAUGCUCACGAUUAAAGAAGACAAAGGCACAGGAAUUGUUACUUCAGUUCCAAGCGAUUCUCCCGACGAUUAUGCAGCUCUCGUCGAUUUAAAAAAGAAACAGCCUUUCAGAGAAAAGUAUGGCCUCAAGGAUGAAAUGGUCCUGCCUUUCGACCCUAUUCCGAUAAUCGAAGUGCCAGAUUUCGGAAACUUAUCAGCAGUAACUGUUUACGAUAGACUGAAAAUUCAGUCUCAAAACGACAGAGUGAAAUUGAAUGAGGCCAAAGAGAUGGUUUAUCUGAAAGGAUUUUACGAUGGUGUUCUUCUAGUCGGUCCCCACAAGGGAAAGAAAGUGCAGGACGUAAAGAAACAGCUCCAGAAGGAUCUUCUUGAUAAAAAUGACGCAGUCAUUUAUUACGAGCCUGAAAAGACAAUUAUUUCGAGGUCUAAUGACGAGUGUGUUGUCGCUCUUUGCAAUCAGUGGUAUCUCAAUUAUGGAGAACCGGAAUGGAGAAAAGAAGCGGAAAAAGCUUUGGCUUGUCUCGAAACGUUCCAUGACGAAGUCAGAAGAAAUUUCCAAGCUUGUCUCGAUUGGCUUCACGAAUACGCCUGUUCAAGAACUUACGGCCUGGGAACUAAAUUGCCGUGGGAGGAACAGUGGCUGAUAGAAUCUCUGUCGGAUUCUACUAUUUAUAUGGCUUAUUACACAAUCGCUCAUUUGAUCCAAGGCAACAGCUUCAAGGGAGAUAAACCCAACGUUCUUGGAAUCAAGGCGCAGGAUAUGAAGCCGGAAGUUUGGGAUUACAUUUUCUUCCAGGACGCGAAAAUUCCGGCAAAGACUCCGAUAAAGAAGGAGGCGCUCGAGCGAAUGAGAAGGGAAUUUCAGUAUUGGUAUCCAGUAGAUCUGCGAGUUUCGGGCAAGGAUUUGGUUCAGAAUCAUCUCACGUUUUUCCUUUACAAUCACACUGCGAUUUGGCCCAAACAGCCUGAACUAUGGCCCAAGGGAAUUCGUGCGAAUGGUCAUCUUCUCCUUAACUCAGCGAAGAUGUCGAAAUCAGAAGGCAAUUUCCUGACGCUAACCGAGGCGGUUCGAAAAUUCUCUGCCGAUGGAAUGCGACUUUGUCUUGCUGACUCUGGCGAUUCGGUCGAGGAUGCUAAUUUCGUAGAAAGCAUGGCUGAUGCCGGAAUCCUUAGACUUUACACUUUCAUCGAAUGGGUCAAGGAAGUCGUCACGAUGGAAUCGAGGAAAACCUUCAGAGAAGGACCUUCAAGCACCUUUCAUGACGAAGUUUUCGAAAGUGAAAUGAAUUUGAAGAUUAAGGAAACAGGAGAAAAUUAUGGGAAAAUGUUGUACAAGGAAGCGCUGCGAACUGGAUUUUUUGAACUUCAGGCUGCAAGAGACAAAUAUAUGCAAUUGAGUGCUUUGGAGAAGGUCAACUGGAAUUUAAUUAUCAAAUACAUUGAAAUCCAGGUGAUUCUUCUCUCGCCGAUUUGUCCCCACGUCGCGGAACACGUUUGGUCAUUAAUCGGAAAGAAGGGCAGUAUUUUGAAUGCCAAAUGGCCGCAGGUAGGAGAAAUUAAAAAAAUCCUGAUAGAUUCUUCACAAUACUUGAUAGAUGCCGCCCAUUCCUUCAGAAUACUUUUAAAAAGUCACAUGAUCCCUCCGAAAAGCAAGGGAAAAACUGCAGCGGCACCUGUCGUUGAAAAACCAACUGUUGGAACAAUUUGGGUCGCAAAAACUUUCCCUCCCUGGCAAAGUAUUGUUCUCACGACGAUGAAAGAUCUCUACAAUAAAAACGGGGGUCAACUGCCGGAUAAUAAAAUAAUUUCUACCGAGUUGGGUUCGAAAGCUGAGCUGAAAAAGUAUAUGAAAAAAGUGAUGCCCUUCGUCCAGGCGACGAGGGAAAAAAUGGAAUUGAUUGGAAUAAGCGCUUUUCAGCUGACUCUUAAUUUUAGCGAAUCUGAUGUCCUGGAGAAAAACAAGAAAUACAUUUGCAACACUUUAGACUUGGAGCAAGUAAUGAUAAAAUACACUGACGAAGCGCCAGAAAAGACAAAAGAAGAAUGUUGUCCUGGAGCGCCUUAUAUCAGUUUUUCCGUUCAGCCUGGAGUUUUUGUAAAUAUUUCGAAUCAAGAUCCCUGCAAUGGUUUAUUCCGAACGGCAAUUAAAAUUGUCGACGGGGAUAAAGUUUCGAAUGUACUUUACAGAAUUACAAAAGGAAACAAACGUAUUGAGGAUCCGUCGAAGGUUUCUCUUUUUCGAUUUGAGGAUAUUAUUCUUGGUCCAAGGACAAUUCCAACCAACGAUUCUUACUUUGGAAAAAAAGAAAUUCGAGAGGGAGCAAUUUUUAAGGUUGAUGUGGAAAAAAAUUUUGUCGGCGUUGCUGAAAAACCGGGAAAGUUUUUGGAUAUUGGAAACGAAUUGGUGUAUCAUGUGCGCGCUUGAGAUGGUGAGAAAAAAUAGAAAUGAAAUUUAAAAAGUUGUAAUUUAUUUAAAUUAUAAUUAAAAUGUGCGGAUGGAAUUUCAAUUUGUAUUUAUGUGGAUUUAUUACAAGUUUUCGAUAUUAAAAAAGACAAUUUUCAAAA